UCAUUCGCAUUAGCAGCAGCAGUGCCAUGGUUAGGAUAGGAGUGAACACAGUGAACAGGCACAAGAACGAUAAAAAGUUGUCUGCGGUUCGCCAUCUUCGCAUUUUAAUUUGGUUGUGAACGGUGUAUAUGCAAAUCAUUCAUACUUAGUUUGUACCGGUUUCUGUUUCAAUUUGGACAGUUUAAUCAAGCAUUUACCAUUCUGCGUUGUUCAUUUUUUGUGUCAGUCUCAGGUAAAACCUAAUAAUCAAAAUUCAACGUAAUACUUUGAAAGUACUGGAAAAUUGCUUUAUUCAGCAGUGGUUAUGAAAACUAGUUGUUAGUGCCUGGUUCAAUGAUUGUGUUUAAUGAAAAUAUGUAUGUGCAAGUUCAAAAAUUUUUACGAUUGUGUUUAGGUUUUGUUUGUUGAGUCAGUUUAAAAUGGUAGAAUAAAAAUAAAGCGAAGUACAUCGAACAAGCGUACGAUUACUUGAUCUGCAUACAUACGAACUCAGGGGAAAAGAUUGAAAGUUAUUACUCGGAUAACAGCACAUCAACUUCUACAAACAGCAUCUGCAACAGCCGUCAGCCAGAUGGCGACGAAUAAGGAGGUCUACCAGGAAGGUUGGCUGAUCAAAUCGCCUCCGACGAAGCGAAUCUGGCGAGCGCGAUGGCGACGCCGUUGGUUCACGCUAAAGCAGGGUGAGCUACCAGGGCAGUUUUUCCUCGAAUACUACACGGACCGCAAGUGUCGAAAGCUGAAGGGAAUAAUCGACCUGGAUCAGUGUGAGCAGGUUGACGCUGGUAUGCGGUUGAAUAGACAGAAGGAAAAUUAUGCGCAUAUGUUCAACGUGAAAACUCCAACAAGAACGUACUAUCUGGCAGCGGACACCGAGGAAGAUAUGCGUGGCUGGGUUAGUUGUAUCUGCCAGGUUUGCAACCUGCAGGAGACGCAAACCAAUGAAGAACGACCGUACUAUAAUAUCGAAGCGAUCAAUAUGGCUGACCAUGUGGCGGAUCAUGUGAGUACUGUGGCACCCGGUGGCAAUUCUUCUUCUCUCGAGCAGCAAGACAUUUCGAAUGAUACGGAGAUAUCGUUACUGCACAAUUCAACAAUCAGUGGAACAACAGAAACACAGGAACAACCGCGGCAGUCCAUGGUGGCGGGCUAUAAUCCGUAUGGUACUUACCAGAAUGAGGACGUUCUGAAUUUUCGAGGAUCAGAUUAUACCAACAGAGAAACGAUAAUUUGUGAGGCGAAACUGAGUCAAAGUCAAACAUUGAGAAACAACAGUAUGGAAGGAAAUUUUACCGCGGCAACAAUCGAACGAUCGCAGUCCUUGCGUGGAAAAUCUUCCUCGCCAGACACAGGUGCACUGAAUCACAGUCCACUGGGUCAUCAUCAUACGCGUACUCAAUCACUGAGUACAGAUCACAAAAUUGGCUCACCAAUCGGUAAAAAGAUUCCAGAAAAUUUGAAGCUGAAUGAUCGCUCUCUUGGUGGCUAUAAAAGUGGCUCUGAACAACCGUCACCAGCACUAAGUACUUCCUCUGGACCAUACAUUCCUAUUAGUGAGUGUUUCUCUGGCAGUCCAUUCCCACUUACUCCGUUAAAUUCUCUGGAUCCCCGGUUCUACGAUACACCUCGCAGUCACACCAAUAUUGGAUUCAAUCUUAUCAACAACGAACAACCGUAUUCGCCAAAACGGAACAACCUAAGUGGAAUAGCACAGCCGAAUAGUGCCACAGGUGCAAAAGUACCUUGCAGUGGCAAAUCUAGCCCAUCGGAUUCGGAAAGCGUCUUCACGGACGAUGAGUGGGCUGCGCCUGCCAGUAGAGAGGCUGGUACAAGAGAUCGGUCUACCCGGCCAUCGGAUAGCUCGAUCGAAAAUGACAUUAUCGGUUGGACAUAUGUCAAGCGUUUUGCCAAAGUCUCACAGGAUGACCAAAAGGAGGUGACCUUGUCUCCCGAUGCUGCCCCACCAAGGCCACCGAAGCGAUCAAGCCUUAUUUUGGAUAGUAUUGAAAAAUAUAAGGAUAUUCAAUCUUCUGAUACAGAAAAUGCUUCUCCAGCGAUAGGACCGAAAGACGCAAGCUCGUGCGUCGAACAAUUUUACGAUAUUCCAAGAUCGCAUCAGCCAGGGCAAUACGCCGGCAGCAGUAUGCAUCUGUCCGAUGCUGAUUUGCUUUCACCACUAAAUCAGUGCGAUCUAGUUGCUUCCAGUACACCAAAUCUUGCCUGUGAAGUAAGCAGCCAGCAUGGAACACUAGGCCGUAUUAGACCGCACUGCUACAGUAAUGCCGCUCCGCAACGGGUCGAAGGGAAUGUUUUUCGAUUCGAUUUUAGUGAGCAGGGUGAUGCUCCUGCAAUAAAUCGAAAUCUGAAACCGAAAUCAACAGUCGACAUUACGAAAUCGAUCGAGAGUCUUUCGCAUGGUGUAAAACAAAUUGUUUUCCCCGUGAGCUGUAAUACGCCGGCAACCCCAGCGACGCUGAAAAACCCUCCUCCAAAUGUGGACCGAACAAGAAAGCCUACAACACCACAGAUGGGCACAAAUUCCAUGCGCCGCAAGGGUGGACCGGUUUCACUGAGUAUUUCCAGUCACAGUGAAAAUGUCUACGGAAAUGUACAGGACCAUAGCAGUUUACAGCCGAUAUCCGGAAUUUCCCCCCGAACGCCCGGCAAGAACGAAGACCGUCUGCAGUACCUUGAUCUAGACCAUUCCGAUAGCCCACAGAAAUCCCAAAACGCCAGCUCACCAGCUGCGAGAAAUGCGUCUGGUUCUUCAUCUACCGGGCAACAGCUGGGAAAUAGCAGUGCCAGUACAUCGAAUGUAAGCGGCAACAGCCUAGCCCCGAUAACAGUGGCUCGUACCCCAUACACAACUGUAGACUUUGUCAAAACGGAUGCCUUCAACCGAAUUCGAGCGGACACGGAAAGCAGAAAUCAAUCACGAUUGAAAGAUCAAUCCUAACAUGUGCAUGUGCAUAUUACCGAAAACUACGAGUUAAAAAUUAACCAAUUGCAUGUUUCUAAAGACUAAAGUCACUAUAUUAUCAGAUUUUGUGGAAAUAAUCAUUCAAAAAGUGCAAUUAUAUGUAUGCCUUAUUGCGCAAAAAAAAAAUCAUUAGUAUUAACGUGACACGAAUGAGACAAUUUUACUAGAUGUUGAUGAACGCAGAACUGUGAUCACAUGCACAAACGUUCGCACCAAGCGAAUGGUCCGACUAUUAUUCGCUGUUAUUUUUCCAAACUUCCAUAGAGCGCAAACAAGUUCAAUUUUUAAGAAAAACAAAGCUUAGAACAUUUAACGAUUUUUAAUCUAUUAUAAAUCUCAAUUGAUGUUAGAUAGUUUUAACGCUUUACAAUUUUUAACAGGAAUAUUGGCUGGUUUUUUAAUGGUUCUAUGAAUUCUUUUUGACGAAUGUUUUUUAGAAUUAACUAAGCUUUCGCUUAGACACAUACAUUAGUAUCUGAUUUUCCAAUGUCGGUUGUUAGGAAUCUUUUAUGGUAUUCGUUGUAAAUUCCCCUAGCUUUUAUAAUUUGUAAAAUAAAGUUAAGGUUUCAAUAGCA